CUAGAUUAGUUUAUAAUGUAUCGGCCGGUAUUGUUGAACAAUGCAUAAUUAUGUGUGCAGAUAAAAACACAAGAAAAUAAUUGUUUACUAAGCUAAAUGUCAUGAUAAAUCUUGGUGAAUAAACUGUUAACUUUUGUGUUUUAGGGCUUAAACCGUUUAGUUUCAGUUUUAUUUAUUUAUUUUGAAAGCUUUUGCUGUGCGACCAUGUAAAAAACAUUUCUAUCACUCACCAUCACAUCACCACGUUAUAUUGUUGCACAGUAAUGUUAUUUCUAUGUGUAAAAUAAAACCAAUCAGAUCAAACCCUGCAUUUAUUGUAUGGAUUUCCUUGUACUGCAUUAUAAAAAGCAAACAAAAAGAAAAAAACUCCAGACAGACUCAUACUUUUGUGUACUUUCUUGUAUGAAAGUGAAACUAUAUCCAAUAGUUGAGCUUACAGAGCUCAUGAUUUAAAAAAAAUCAUUUGUCUGACCAUGGUGAGGGGAGAAAACCUGCUAAAACCAUACAAAACAUUAAUAACUACAUCCCCCAGCAUGCACCGGGGCUGCGCUCUUGCUCUCCGUCCUUUCUAAACUGAAGUCUUUUCCCGGCUCUGGUUCCGUCGGUUCACCUCGCAGCUUCCGUACUUUUGAAAUGUGAUGUAGUAGUCUCUAAGAACAUUCAAAAAGGCCUCUCAGCUGAUAUGAACGACUAUGAGGUUCUGCGGCAGAUUGGAGAGGGAGCGUUCGGAAAAGCCUUCCUGGUCCGCAACAAGAAGGGAGGAGGAGACGCGCAGUGUGUGAUCAAACAGAUCAACCUCAAGAAGAUGUCAGCAAAGGAGAGAGAAUCGUCCAAGAAGGAGGUGACGCUGCUGUCGAAGAUGAAACACCCCAACAUCGUGUCCUUCAUCUCGUCCUUCCUGGAGAAGGGCAGCCUCUACAUCGUGAUGGAGUUCUGUGACGGAGGAGACCUUCUGAAGAAGAUAAACAUGCAGAGAGGAGUUCCCUUCAGUGAGGAUCAGAUCCUGGACUUGUUUGUUCAGAUCUGCCUGGGUCUCAAACACAUCCACGACAAGAAGGUUCUCCACCGAGACAUCAAGUCUCAGAAUAUCUUCCUCAGUGACGGCGGGAUGAAAGCCAAGCUGGGCGACUUUGGCAUCGCGAGAAUGUUGAAUCAUUCCAUGGAUCUGGCCAGAACCUGUGUGGGGACUCCGUACUACCUGUCCCCGGAGAUCUGUGAGAGCCGGCCUUACAACAACAAGACGGAUAUCUGGUCUCUGGGCUGUGUCCUGUAUGAACUCUGCACCCUGAGGCAUCCUUUUGAGGGCAGCAGCCUGCGGCAGCUGGUUAGUAAGAUCUGUAGGGGCCGCUACACCCCAGUCCCCACCCACUACACCCACGAGCUCCGCCUUCUGGUCAACCAACUCUUCAAGGUAAACCCCCGUGACCGUCCCUCCGUCAGCUCCGUCCUGCAGAGGUCGUUCCUGCAGAAGCACAUCAGCAAACAGCUGGACAGCCAGGCGACACAUGACCACACCGCCACACAUCAAACAGGAACAGCUGCUACACCAAAAGCUCCUGCGGAGGCGGGAACAGCUAACCCUGCAGAAAAGGCGAAGAGUGGUGCAGCUGCUGAGAAAGCUGGUAACCUGGGUCAGAGAGGCCACAGAGGCAGGACCCCGGGCCCCCACAAGAAUCCAAGUCAAAGAUCAAGUCAGCCAAACGCAGACAGAAAGGCUGCAGUGAAUCACAGACGCUUUGCUCAGCAGCUGAUCAGCCAUUACCAUCAGUACCAUGAGCAGCUGGAUGCUUUUCAGAGGAGGAAGAAGGAUGGCACGCCUGCACUUCCUCCUCCUCCUCCUCUUCCUCAGGAGAAGGUGGUGGAUGUGGUGCUGCAGCAUGAGGAUCGAGCUGCUCCUCCAGCAGAGCCUUACCAACUUGUGGCUGCAGCUCGUGAGGAAUACCUCCAGAGGAGGCAGGAGGCCAACCUGUACAAGCUGAGAGCAGAGCAGCAGCUGGGUCUGCGUCCGUGCACUGCUGAGCGCAACAGGAAGCCGGGAGGUCAGGAGGAGGUGGGAGGAGCUGAACAGCAGCACAAGCUUCAGGACAGAAGACAGGAAGGACAGCAGGUGGGCAGACGGAGAAUGACACCAGAGACACCGGUUAGAGUGAAGCAGCUGUGUGUGAUUGAAUACCUGCGUCAGCUGGACCUCAUCAGGCAGGAGUAUCACCGAGACAUGAGACUGAUGAGGCAGAGACCUGCAGCACAGCACAAACAUGGAACCUUUGUGGUGGAGAGACCUGGAGAUCCAGAAGCUCCUGCAGCUCCGGACGUUGAAGCAGCUCUACAGCAGAUCAGAGAGGAUGACAGCAAGCAGAGAAAACACGAGCUCAAGAGAGGAAUCACGUUUGAAGUCUGCUUAAAUGAUGACGAGGAGGAAGACGCGAGCCGACACACUGAUGAGGAAGGGAAGAAGAUGAACCUGGAGGAGUGGUUCAGGGUGAGAAGGGGGUGGAGCAUGAGGUGUCCUCAGACGGUGCUGGACGCCCUCGGCGACAUGGACGUGAACUCGGUGUACCACACAGCAGCUGAGGCUGAAAAAGACCAUGCAGGCUUCAUCCACUCUCCGCCCCCAGAGGGAGGGGCUGCAGGUCGCAGGCAGUGGAUGGACCGCCCCCCAAAAUCCCUGCUGGACGCUCUGGCUCAGGCUGAACUCACCCCAUCCACUCUGGACUCACUGAGUGCAGAGCUGGAGUCGGAAGACAUCGCUGAAGAGGAAAAGACCGAGGAAGAGGAGGAGGACUCUGACGUGGAGAUGGAUGCGGAGCGUUUGGAGCCGCGGUCUGAUGAUGACGACACGAACUUUGAGGAGUCUGAGGACGAGCUGAAGGAGGAGGUGGCAGACUCCAUGAGGAACCUGUUUGUCAUGGAGGACUCCAGCUCAGAGGAGAAGACUACGGAGGAGGAGGAGACAGCAGGAGGGGGCAGGGAGGAGGAGCGCUCUGCAGAUCAUCAGCACCUCCCUCCAGGUGACGGAGGAUCUGAGGAGUGCACAGGCCAGACUCCCAGAGGAGCUGCUCCACACGAACAUCAGCAUCAGGCAACAAACACAAACAAAACAACAAUUUCAUCAUAGAAAAAGUCAACAGACAGACUGAAAGCCUGUGAGAGGUUCAGUCUCCAUGUUCCUUUAACAUUUUUCAGGGUCUGAGCUUAAAAAACAGCAAAGGAAGCAAAAAAACUCAGAGCAGAAAAUUACCGUUUAUGUACAGGAAGUUUGUUUCACUAAACUGCCUGAAAAACUGCAAACAUGUUUCCUGUUUCCUCGAUCUGUAAUAAAAACCUGAUGGAUUCCAGAUCAAA